UUUCUGUUUUUUGACAGACAGUCUUGUUUCACUGGAUGUAAACCUUCAUGGGUCAGGGCAGUACUCUGUUUGACCUGAAGGGAACUGUAAUAAGUAUCAUUGGAAAUAACUGUGUUUACCCUUCUAUUUCAUGUCAAAAUGUCUGCUGUGGUUCUAUUGUUGACUAUUUUUCAUCUGCAGUCCCUGAACAGAGGUUCACCCUGCCGCCACCUUGCUAUCUUUGUAUGUCCAGACAGAAAGAUAUUACUGAUGAUACGUGAAGGCAUGGAGCGGUUUCCGACAGUCUUUGAAUGCAGCACGUCGUCUGAUUGACUGCUGAGAGCGACGAGGUGAAUGGACGAGGCUCCGCCCACGGCUCGCGCACAGGGGCAGCCGACCUGAACACUGUCACAGGUCCAUCACAGGUACCUCCACGAGCACCUCUGCACCGCUCCUCAGGAGUCUACGGCAACGUCAGAGCCAAAAUGGGGCGGAAAGAGAUCAUCUGCAGCUGGAAGAAAAACACCAGUAACAUCAAGGAAGUGUUUGACUUCCACGGGAAAAUGGGAUCGGGGUCUUUUUCUGAGGUUUUUAUGGUGAGAGAGAAGAGCAGUGGAAAACUUUACGCCCUGAAAUGUCUGAAGAAAAAACACCUAGCUCACAGCAACCUGGAAAAUGAAAUCAAUGUAUUGAAAAGGAUAAAGCACGAGAACGUGGUGGGACUGGAGGAUUUCUACGAGAGUCGAACACAUUAUUAUCUGGUCAUGCAACUGGUGUCAGGCGGGGAGCUGUUUGAUCGCAUUUUAGACAAGGGGGUUUACACUGAGAGGGAUGCCAGCAUAGUGAUCAAACAGGUGCUGCAGGCUGUCAGCUACCUGCAUGAAAACAGCAUCGUACACAGGGAUCUUAAGCCCGAGAACUUGCUGUACUAUAACACAGAUGAGAAUGCUAAGAUCAUGGUCAGUGACUUUGGUCUGUCCAAGACGGUGGAGCACGGUGUGAUGUCUACAGCCUGUGGGACACCAGGAUAUGUUGCCCCUGAGGUUUUGGCCCAGAAGCCCUACAGCAAAGCAGUGGACUGCUGGUCUAUUGGAGUUAUCACUUACAUCCUGCUCUGUGGCUACCCUCCAUUCUUUGAAGAGAAUGAGACUCGUCUCUUUUCAAAGAUCAUGAGAGCUGAGUACGCCUUUCAUUCCCCCUUCUGGGACGACAUCUCUGAGUCAGCCAAAGACUUCAUCAGGAAUAUGAUGGAGAAAAACCCCACAAAGCGCUUCCUCACCGAACAGGCCCUCAGACACCCCUGGAUUGCUGGAAACACAGCUAAAGACGUUGACAUUUGUCAGUCUGUCUGUGAACAGAUGGAGAGAAGCUUUGCCAAAUCCAAAUGGAAGCAAGCCUUCACUGCAGCCACAGUAGUCAACCACAUGAAGAAACUGCAGUUAUCCCAGAGUGAGCUCUCCCCCAAGACCCACUCCAUGCCCCACAUCAUAGUACACUCCUCUGAGGAUGACCAUGAGAUGCUGGGACCCUGCCACAAUGAGGCUGAUGCCCUCGACCCUAAUGGGAAUCCUGUUCAUGCUGCCAGUCAUAUAUCCUGCAGUACUCCUGAGUCAGGCCUAGGUGUCGAGACAAGAGGCGUCAGUAACUACCGUUCAGAGAUCGACGCACCUUUCAGGCCAUCCAAGAGUCUGGAUGCUGUGGCUCAGAGGAACGAUCAGCCGAUUCAGUCCGGAGUGUGCUCUGUCAUGUGAUUGGCUGGCUAACCUGAGAUAAAUCUCAUGCAGUUUUCCCUCUUGAGUUGAUGCCACUCUUCAACUCUUCAUGUCUGUUGUGGUUCUCUGCUGCGGAAAACAGGUUCCAUGGACAGACACAUGCAGUAUCUACACUGUAAAAAAUACUUGGUCACAUGGAAUGACAAAUAUGCGUAUAUAUGCAUAUAUACAUACUGUAUAGCAGAUGUAUGCAGUAAACACCACAUUAAAACAGACACAAGCAGGAAUUCAGAAGUUCCUGCUGCUACACUAUUUAUUCUCUCAAAAUUAUUAUUAUAUAUUGUAUAUGACUUUCAAAGUGUUACCGUCCAUUUAAAAAAGAAUAUAUUUGUUUUGAAUAGAUUUAGCCGACCUAUGCAAUGUGAAAACAAAUUAAUUAUUAAUGAGUUGUUUUGAGACUGACAUGACUGUACUUUUCUAACGGCUUCUAAGUUUUUUAAAGCUGAUAAGCUUUUUCAGAUUCAUGUCAUUUUUCUUUAUUAAGAUAUUUCAUAGUCACCGUCGGACACUAUACAAAAUCUGGGAACGUACCUUUGGCUGUAGUGUUUGGACUGUUUUGAACAUUGCGGGCAGAUCUGUGGACGUGUAUUAUUAUUUUUCCAUUUCCGUUUAUUUAUUCAGAAUUCCACAAAGAUGGUGGAUGGAAACUUCUUUUCUUCAUGAGAUUAAACUUCAUUUCAAGGUGGAGUCACUGACACACAGCAGUGUUUGCUGUGUUUUCUGUGAUGUGCACAUAAGCUGCUCUUUUGUUAAUCAACUAAACUCAUUAAGUGCCACAAGCUGAUGUAAAAAUGCUGUCAAUACUAGUGAUGUCAUGGAUGAUUCUGAACUCACAAAUGUAGUGACUGACAUGUUUUGGGUUUUUUUGUAUUAUUUUCUCAAUAAAUGUGUAGUAACUAGUCUCUCUGCCUCUUAUUCUUGUGUUGGAUACAUAGCUGCAUCUUGGUUUGAAGUAUAUUUUUAUUUAAAUACUGUGCACAAACAGCAGAUACAAAACAGACAAAUAAAUAAUAAAACAUUCAACCUUUCUACAGCAGUUCUGACUAAUACAAUAAUUGUGGUGCAAUGUUCACAGUGGGGCUGCUGAAAAUGAUAA